AUGGACGGUCUCCUUAUCGAUUCCGAAGACAUCUACACACUGGUGAUAAACAAGAUUCUGCAAGAAUACAACAGGCCAAGUUUGCCCUGGUCCAUUAAGGCGCAGUUACAGGGCCGCCCAGCUCCCCAGUCUGGAAAGAUCUUUCAUGACUGGGCUCAAUUGCCCGUCUCCAUGACAGAAUUCCACGAGAAACAAGCAGCGCUGCAACAAAUCUACUUCCCCACGACAAAGCCUUUACCAGGUGUAGUUGAUCUGCUAUCAAACCUUGCGAAAAUGGCAAACACUUCAUCCCCCGUGCACAUCGCACUCGCCACAUCAUCGACGGCCAGAAACUACGAGUUGAAAACGGCCCACUUGUCAGAUCUCUUCUCCCUAUUCCCCAAUUCAAGGCUGAUCACAGGUGACAACCCACGCAUCGGUGAGGGGAGAGGAAAGCCGCUGCCAGAUAUAUAUCUGCUGGCACUCGAAACCAUUAACGCAGAGAUACGCGCUGCCAAUAACGGAGAGCCCGAAAUCAAACCAAAAGAAUGUCUUGUGUUCGAGGAUUCCGUCCCCGGCGUCGAGGCUGGACGGAGAGCGGGGAUGCAAGUUGUCUGGGUUCCGCACCCUGGUCUCCUUGAGGAAUAUAGAGGGAAAGAGGAUCUGGUAUUAGCUGGCCUAACGGGUGAACAUAAGGAUGUUGAUAUGGUGCAUGAGGUGAUGGAAGGCCUAGAGGGACUUGAUACUUGGCGAGGCCGCGGAUCUGGACGGACGGGGGAGAUCGGUGAUGGCUGGGCUCACCUGUUACCAAGUCUCGAAGCAUUCCCGUAUGACCGGUUUGCUAUCAAAAUACAAGAGGCGAGCGUGUCCAACUAG